AAGAGCCUUGAGCACCACGGAGAGCGGAGCGAGAAACAGCUCAGACAUCCCUAACACUAGUUCAUCGAGACUCCUGGAGGAAGACGAGGAGAAGGAGGAGGAGAAAGAGCAUUUCAGAUGAACGGACAUCAGCUCUGAUUGGCCGUCUCUUCCUGUGGACAUCAUGCUGGUGGUCACCGAGGAGGUGACCCAGACAAACAAUCAGAGCGCGACGCCGUGUGCGCUGCCAUAUGAUGAAGGCCGCCUGCCGCUGGUGCUGCUGUACAGCUGCGUGCUGGUCGUCGGUCUGCCCGCCAACCUGCUGACGGUCUUCCUCACAGGGCUGCAGGUGUGUAGGAAGAACGUGCUCGGUGUUUACCUGUGCAGCCUGUCGGUCUGUGACCUCACCUACCUGGGCACGCUGCCACUGUGGGCAAUCUACGUGAACCAUAGUCACAUCUGGUCAUGGUCGUCAGCGGUCUGCAAGCUGACAGGCUACAUCUUCUUCAACAACAUGUACAUCAGCAUCUUCCUGCUCUGCUGCGUCUCCUGUGACCGCUGCGUCGCUGUCGUCUACAGCCUGGAGUCCCGCGGCCUGCGCCGGCAGCGCCACGCCACCUUUGUCGUUCUCACCAUUGUCCUGGUGGUGGCCAUCGGGCACACGCCGGUCUUCACCAUGAAGGAGGGCGCCGAUGAGGGUUCGCAGCACUGCUUCGAGCCGAGUCAGAGCAGCGCCAUGGUGACGAGCUUCAACUACGCUCGCUUCAUCAUCGGCUUCCUGCUCCCACUGCUGCUGUUGGUCACCACGAACCGCAGUAUCCUGGUCAACGUGCAGCGCAGCACGGGUCUGCAGGCAGCACAGAAGCGCCGUGUCCGGCGGUUGGCGGUGGGCGUGGUAGUUCUGUUCCUGGUCUGCUUCGCCCCAUACCACGUGAUCUUGCUGGUCCGCGGCAUCAUCUUCCACUUUCCCCAGCUCGACACCUGCUCGUUCCAGGAGAACAUGUACACCCCCUACACCAUCUCACUGGGCCUGUCCACCAUCAACAGCGCCAUCAACCCCAUCCUCUACGUCCUGUCCAGCAACAACAUCCGCAAGGAGCUGCAGCGCGGAUUCGCACAGGUCUGCGGCCAAAUGCUGCUCAGACAGCCGUCCAGCACCAGCCAGAACAAAAUCCAGCCAAGCAACAACUCCUUAGAGCUGAACACGGGCGGCGAGAGGCCGGCAGCAGGAAAACCGCCUGGGAGCUGAGGGAACUGAUCUAUGACACUCCUCCAGAGACUGAUCCAGGACCAGGGGCCUCAAGUCUUACACAUGCACAGGAAAAAAGCCAAAUGACACACAUGAAUUAGUUAAACUGCAGGAAUGUCUUAGCGACAUAAAGACUUGAAUGACCUCUAAGUUUGUGCUUCUAAAUUCAGAUCAAACUGAAGUUGUGCAACGCUUCAGGAGAACUCAGGAUUUCUCUGGACUGUAGAUACACCUGCACACACCUGCACACCUGGUAGCACAGUCUUCAAACUGUAUUUAGUCAUUUUCUCAUCUUACAUCAUCAAUCAAUCAAAAGGUGUUGCUUAUUGUUGUUUAAAGUUCAGUCACCUGUUCCCUCACCUGGACUCAGAAAGCAGUGACGGAUGGACACCUUCAUCAUUAUCAUCGUCGUCAUGGAAACACUUCCUGCUCCGAUCUUGGUUCCACGGCUGUCGUCAUUUUUAGUUUUUUAAUAAAUUUGAGUCAAAUUUUAUUUGUUUUUUUAAAGCAGUUUGAAUGUAAAAUUUGUAACGUGAUCAUCAGUUUGGGUCGAAUGGUGACGGCUGAGUGUGAAUCCGUUUCCUCGACCUCGGUGAUGUUCCUGCCGCAGAGAUUAUCCAGGGGAACUCCCCUCCUCCUCCCUGUUUAGGAUUUCUGUGUGUGCAGUAAAAUUCCCUCCAUCACUGAUCCCAGCUGAGCCGAAGGAAACACGAGUCCAUGAUGAUCCUAAAGGCUGCAGCAGAGCAGCAGGUGUCAAACACUCUCAGCAGUUAUUAUUGAUCCUAAUUAAUGAGCGUCUGAAGGUUUGUUUUUAUCUGAUGGAGUGCUGUUAUGAAAUAUGGGAUGGAAUUACCUGCUGAGGCACCUUUCCUCUGAUUGGCUGCAAUCAGCCACAAACUGACAGAAUAAAAAGGACCACACUUCCUGUUCCACAUUCAUUCUGAAGUUUUAGUGCUCAAACGUUGAGACUUUUCAGGCUCAGAGAUGCAGUGAGAGCAGAUGGUGAGGUGAGCGGGCCUUAUGUCAGUUUGUCACAUAGUGACAGAAUUUUCUGAAGAACUCAAAAAAAAAAAAG